AUGAGGCACAACCUAGCUCAAGCUCGAAUCCUGGCUGAGAAAGCUGCUGAAGCUGGUGCGAAGGCCGUCUUCCUUCCCGAAGCCUCCGACUAUAUCAAUCACUCCCCAGAGGAAACGAUUUCUCUAGUCCAGGAGCGCGAUUUUGUAACGGGGUUGCAAAAGGAGGCCAAAACGCAUAAAAUUGCGAUUAACUUUGGCAUUCAUGAACCGGGUCAAAAGAGCCCAAAGAAGGUAAGGAAUAUGUCGAUAUGGAUCGAUGAGGAUGGAGAGAUCGUACAGAGGUAUCAGAAAUUACACCUUUUUGAUAUAAACAUCGAAGAUGGCCCUAGAGCACGAGCGAUCCCUGCAUUAACCACUGCCACCUUUUGA